CAUCUGUACGCAGUUCUCGCCGCUUCCGUUCCGUCUGUCGGAGGAUCCUGCAAUUCUUUAUAAACUUGGGAACUGUACGCGAUGGACGAAUGCUAAAAGCGCCACAUGUUUCCGCUUACCCCGUUUCUUUCCAAUUUUACUUCUUUGAAGCUAUAAAAACUUCCCUAUAUCAGCACAAGAGAGCAUUCAUUUCUCAGAAACGACGUCCUGAGAAGCAUCAUUAUGAGUGUACUGCCCCCUGUACGAAAAGACCGCAUAAUCGGACAGCUUCCUAAGUGCUUCAACAGAGGCGCUGCUUUGAACACAGAGAAUGAAUUUCACAGCAAGGUGAAGACGGCCUGUCAGCAGCAGAGGACAGGAACUGUGGGGUUUAAGAUCUCCAAGGUUAUUGUAGUUGGUGAUCUGGCGGUGGGGAAAACCUGUUUAAUUAAUAGAUUUUGUAAAGAUGUCUUUGACAAAAAUUACAAAGCUACCAUUGGUGUGGACUUUGAAAUGGAGAGGUUUGAAGUUCUCGGAGUCCCCUUCAGUCUGCAACUAUGGGACACUGCAGGACAGGAGAGGUUUAAAUGCAUUGCCUCAACAUACUACAGAGGAGCUCAGGCUGUAAUCAUUGUGUUUGACCUGACUGAUGUGGCUUCACUGGAGCACACCAGACAAUGGCUUGAAGACGCUAUGAAAGAGAAUGAUCCUACCAGUGUAUUACUGUUCUUAGUGGGAACAAAGAAAGAUCUGAGUUCUCCUGCGCAGUAUUCACUAAUUGAGCAGGACGCAAUUAAAAUAGCGGAUCAGAUGAAAGCGGAGUACUGGGCUUUGUCUGCCUUGUCUGGGGAGAAUGUGAGAGACUUUUUCUUCAGAGUCGCAUCUUUAACCUUUGAGGCCAAUGUACUGGCAGAACUGGAGAAAAGUGGAUCAAGGCGUAUUGGGGAAGUUGUUCAAAUCAGCAGCAACUCUAAUAACCUGUAUGCAACGUCCAAGAAGAAACAGAGCAACUGUUGUCAGUAGAUACUGACUAUAUGAAAAGGCAAACAUUUGCACCGAUGCAUAAUGGUACCAAAGCAAAACACAAUCAAAUGUACAUAUCUAUGCAUAGGGAGAAGACCGAAAAGUGGGAUUUCAAGCAAAGGAGAGCUCUGCAGAGAGCAGUGUGGUUUGUUAUUCAGAGGGUGUAACUGAAUAUCCGCUGGAUGAAAGAAAACAUUCCUUUGUUGGAAAAUUCGAGGUUUGCAUUUUUUGUGGCAAAGCAGUUUCUGAUUUCUCAAGAGCUCUUUGCACAUUUUACUAGUGAUUAUUUCAGUGUGUUCAAUCAUUUUUUAUUUAAUUUUCUUGCUUAGUUUACAGUCAGGAGUGAUUUUAUACAAGGUACACAAGAGGAUCAUGCAUGAGUUGCACAAUAAGAAAUGAACAGUGAUAAUUGUAUUGUUCUAUAUCAAAAGUGCUGUUUAUUAAAAUGGAAGUUGUAUAGGAAUUCCUUUAUAUAGCUUCAUCUUGCUGUAAAACUUUAUAAGUAUUAGGGCUUACAUACAGAUGGUAGUUUUCUGUGACCAGCAAUUUUAUUAUAAAUAAAAUGCUUUUCUUUUUUUAA